GAACUUUUAAUUAUCUUCGUUUUACAUAUGUACUUCGAUGCUAAUGUAUCUUUUUCUAAACUGUGUGGAUGACGUACAAUAUUAAAAUAAUUUCUUAACUGUUGUUUACCUUGAAUUAAACCAUUAAAAUUUUGAUAAUUACAAAUGAUAAUAAGAUUAGAUUUUACGUAAUUAAAAUUAUAGUGAUUAUGGAAUUUAAGUAAAAACUCGUUUAUUUAUAAAAAAAAAUGUCUGUAGUACUUAAAAUUCGUAUAUUUUUAUUUAUUUAAAGUGAAUAUGAGAUGAAUAUGGACUUGAUUCAGGAAUGUAGUGAAUUUAUAAGAGAUUCAAUAGUUGUUUAUAUAGAUAUAGAUUAUUCGUUGUGGUUGACAUGGGUAUUAGGGCCGUUGAUAAUUACGUUUCUUUUACCAGCUGUGAUUGCUCUAUUGCUCUAUUUAAGCGCUUUUUUGCUCUAUAUUUAUAAGUUACAUUGGACGAAUAUAAAAACGACUUUACGUACUGGCGAUAAAUGGGACGCCGCUAGGAAAUCGGUGGGGGCCCUUUGGGACGCCCACGGGUGGAUUUGGCACGGUUACGAGGUGAAGGGAUUGGAAAAUAUACCGGAUACAGGACCGGCUUUGAUAAUAUAUUAUCACGGAGCAAUACCGGUCGAUAUUUAUUAUUUUUUAGUAAAAAUAAUAUUUAAUAAAAAUCGAUUGGUGCAUACGGUGGCCGAUCAUUUUUUGUUCAAGGUACCAGGUUUCAGUAUAAUCGCGGAUUGUAUGAAAGUUAUACCGGGUACGGUCCAAACGUGCGCGAACGUGUUAAAAGAGGGAAAUUUAUUAGCGAUAUCCCCAGGGGGGGUGCACGAAGCCCAGUUCAGCCACAAUUACAAUUUAAUGUGGAAACGUCGAUUGGGGUUCGCGAAAGUCGCUCUGGAAGCCAAAGUUCCUAUUAUACCGAUGUUUACGGAAAAUUUGAGGGAGGCUUUUAGAACUGUGAGUUUCGGGAAAAGGUUGUUUCUUCGUAUAUACGCUUUAUUUAAAUUGCCUUUGGCGCCUGUUUAUGGGGGGUUUCCCGUUAAGAUGGUCACCCAUUUGGGAAAACCCAUUCCGUACGACGAAAACUUGACGCCCGAGGAAUUGCAGUGUAAAGUCGCAACUGCCAUCGAAGAUCUCAUCAAUGAUCAUCAACGAAUACCUGGAAAUAUACUGUACGCUUUAUUCGAACGUAUACCAAUAUUUCGAAAAUACAAAGAAAAUUCUAAUUGAAACACUUCUAUUCGUAUAAUUGUGUGUUUAUUAAUUUUACAUUCCGAUUUUGGAUAAACUUAACGAGAAAAAAAAUAAAAAUUGUAAAAAAGAA